GAGAAAUGGAACGCUCCAAGGUGCAGUUGGCUUCUGCCGGAGCGAAGGAUUUGUUCCUGGAGUACUGUAGUAAUAGUUCGGUGCACGGAGUUCGGUAUUUCGGAUGUCGCGAAAGGUCGAUUUGUGAAAAGUUUUGGUGGGUUGUGGUGUUUGUCUUAUCGGUGGGAAGCUGUGCGAUGUUGAUCCUGAAAACGUACCAAAAGUGGGAUCAAACACCGGUGAUUGUAAGUUUCAACGAAAAAUCUACCCCGGUUUGGCAGAUUCCGUUCCCGGCGGUGACAAUCUGUCCUCAAACCAAGGUUAAGAGUGAGAUUUUAAACUUUUCCCGAGAUUACGACGAGUUUACAUCCAUGGAUGGCGAUGAACUGGAAGGCUUCAACAGAACCGAUUACCUGUUGACGAUGAUGCAGCUUUGCGAGAGGACGUUCUACGCCAUCGUGUUAUACGGAGGAGACUCCCUACCAAACAAAACCAGUAGUAAAAGCUACGCUUCCAUUGUCCGAGAAAUGUCCCUGCCGAUGUACGAAAUGAUGGAGUUCUGUGUGAUUCGCAGCGAAGUGCAAUUUUGCCGGGACAUAUUCAGCCACACCAUGACCGAAGAGGGCAUCUGCGUCAGCUUCAAUCUUCUUGCCGCCUCUGAACUACUUCGCACCGAAGUCAUCCAGUCAAUCGAUCCGUAUUUGUCUGGUAAACGGAAAUCCCCUCAUUGGUCUCUCGAGCACGGAUACUCUCCGGAAGCAACGCUCAACUCAUACCCCUAUCGAACUCUCGGCCCAGGCUAUUCAGCGGGACUAUCCUUACUACUCCUGUCCAGCAACGAAGACCUGGAUUAUCUUUGCCGUGGACCGGUUCAGGCGUUCAAAGUUCUGUUGCACACCUCCGCCGAGUACCCGCAGGUAUCCCGAAAAUUUGUCCACGUCCCCAUGGAUCAGGAAGUGACCAUUGCCGUCAAACCUCAGAUGGUUACCACCACCGAAGGACUUCGUAGCUACACACCCGAACGUCGACAGUGUUUCUUCAACAACGAACGGUACCUGCAGUUCUUCAAAAUCUACACUCAGGAUAACUGCGAACUCGAAUGUCUAACGAAUUACACCUUGGCACGUUGUGGCUGCGUAAAGUUCUCUAUGAUGUACACCAACGGAACCGCAGUUUGCGAAACCAACCAGAUCAACUGCAUCCUGAAUGCGGAAAACGACCUUCUCGAGAUGGAUGUGCUUGGCCAUCAGGACCAACAGGCUAACUUCCGUGCCCAGUGCAAUUGCCUUCCGGCGUGCACUUCCAUUCAGUACGACGCGGAAAUUACGCAAACGGAUUUCGACUGGCUAAAGUGGACACAGGCCAUCAAGAUUCCACUGGAUAAUACGACGGGAUUGCACGUGGCACGGCUAGGAAUCUACUUCAAGGAGGCGCAAUUCAUGACAUCGAAGCGAAGUGAACUGUACGGAUUGACUGAUUUCCUGGCUAACUGCGGGGGCUUGCUCGGCCUCUGCAUGGGAGUGAGUCUGCUGAGUCUUGUAGAGUUGUGCUACUUUUGUACGGUGCGUCCUUUUUCGCUCUGGAGGAAGCAAAAGCGUGCGGAGGUGGAUGCGGGGAAUUUGAAGUAUGAUGAAGUGCCCGGAAUUACUUUGCUGUCAAUGGCGGUUAAGGGAGAUUGAGAGGAUCAAACGUUCUUGUGAUUUUUUUUUUAUCAGUCAACUGUUGUGAUUUUAAUUUUAUAUGUAAAAUAUUGUACUGAAUUUUAAGCGCUUUGCCAUUAUUCAUAAAUAACUCCAAGAUAAAUGUGUUUAAUCUAUAUAAAUAAAAAUGGAGUGGUGUUUGUAUGUCACGAAAUGACUUGAGAACGGGUCAACGGAUUGACGCAAGUCUUUCACUGUUACACU